AUGGUUCAGCGCCUGGAGAAAAAGGGUCUGACAUACGGAAAGUUGGAGAAAACCAAGAACAAACUUCAGCGAGAAUUGGAUCAUCUAAUGGUGGACCUGGACCACCAGAAGCAAAUUAUGUCUAACCUAGAGAAGAAACAGAAGAACCGUGACAUUGUGAGAUCAAAGGAUGACGUCGGGAAGAACGUCUAUGAGUUGGAGAAGUCUAAGUUAGAGUCUAUUAAGAAUGGGUCUGGAGAUGGUGGCACUGCGGUGCUGGCUGAAGCAGAGAAGAUGGAAGAUGCUUCUGCUGAACCAGUCGAUGGGGCUGAUGUUAAUGCCGAAGACCACAGACCCGUGCUUUCAAGAAUUCCAUUGUGCUGUAACAUGUGUGAAGGCAACCAGACCAUAGUGACUGAGUUUUUUCUUAUUGGAUUCCAGAAUACUCAAAAGUUCAGGGUUGUCCUCUUUUGCCUCAUAUUUCUUGUGUAUAUAUGCACAUUUCUCGGAAAUCUUGUGAUCAUUCUGUUGGUGUCCUCCAAUAACCGCCUCCACUGUCCAAUGUACCUUUUCAUCUCAAAUCUGUCCCUGGCUGACCUCAUUAUCACCACCAGUAUCGUACCAAACAUGAUGUGUAUCAUAUGGUUGGAAGGUCAUAGUAUCUCCACCAAUGGAUGCUUUUCACAAUUUUUCUUUGUAUUUGUCACCACUUAUGCUCAAUGCUGCAUCCUCAUGGUGAUGUCUUUUGAUCGAUACUUGGCCAUUUGUCUCCCAUUACGAUAUUCUUCAAUAAUGAAUAUGAAUUUUUCUAUUAAGUUGGUUCUUGGGUCUUGGAUAAUAGGAAUUAUUCUUAUUAACGUUGAAGUCAUCUUGAUAAAUCAAUUACAGUUUUGCUCCUCCAACAUCAUUGACCAUUUCUUUUGUGAUUUUGCCCCCAUUCUGGCUCUCUCAUCUUCUAAAGUCUAUGUACUGGUUUGGCUUGACAUCUCAUUCAACAGUUUUGUUAUCUUCUUGCCUUUUGUUUGCAUUACAUUAUCAUACAUAUGCAUCUUUAUUGUGAUUUUGAAGAUCUACUCCUUGAAAGGAAGAAGAAAGGCCUUCUCAACAUGUAGCUCUCAUUUGUUAGUAGUCUGCACUUACUACGGCUCCCUCAUUGGUGUCUAUAUGUCUCCAUCACAUGCAAAUAACUUCUUUGAAAACAAGUUGAAAUCUUUGCUCUUUGUCAUGCUUACCCCAUUUACCAAUCCAAUCAUCUACAGCAUGAGAAACAAAGAGAUCAUCGACGCCAUGAAAAAUCUUUACAAGAAAUCAAGGAACUCAAAGCACUGA